AUGUCCAAAAAUUUUGAAUUUAACGCUCCUCAAUUUGUAAAUUUUUCAAACUUAGAUGAUCCAGAAGGAGAUAGUUUUUUUGGUAGAAAGUUUGAAAAUUUGCAUGUCAGUGAAGUCACAUCUAUAGAACCUAAAUCAGAAAAGAAAACUUCUAAACUGUUAAAAAGUGGAAGGAAAUCACAUCAUAUGAUUACAAGGUUAGAUGUAAUAAACAAUAGACUAGAUAGUGAUUCUCCCAGUAGCGAAAUAAACGUAACAAAUACCAAGGAUACCAAUCCUUCUGCUUCCAAUAAAAAGGUAAUACAUAAAAUACCUAAAGCUGUGAAUUUUAAUAAAAUGAAAAGAGCAGCUUCACCUCUUGCAUCGACAAAAAAAUUUAUAUCUUUAGCAGAACAAGUAGAACAUUUUUAUGAUACACCAGAUAGAUUUCGAUCGCGACCAAAUAAAAAACCAACUUCCAUACCGAAAACUCCAAAACUACUAGCAAAAUUUCGGCAAAGAAAAAUAAAUUUUCCAGACGAAAAACAAAGAGAAGAAAUGGAACUUGAAGAAAUGAAAAAGCAUCAAGUUAAAGCUCAUCCUUUAAAUGAAAAAAUUCUAAUGGGACCUUCGCUUAAUUUAAAAGUUCCUAUUAUAAAAAAACCAACUACAGUUCCACAACCUUUUUCACUAACCGAAGUUAAGAAAAAAGAGCAUUCAGAAGAAACGGUGUUUCAAUUCAAAGCACAACCAUUGCCAUUUUCAAUUUUACAAGGUCCAAUUGGAAUUCCACCGAAAAAAAUCACUGCUCCAACUGUACCUACAACCCCCCAAAUUCGUGUUCCUCAUAGAUAUCGAGUUGGAAUAAAAACACCCGUAAAAACUCCAGAAGUAGACGGAUCAAAUGUACCUCGAAAAACUGUCGUACAACCUUUCAGUUUUGAUGAAAGAAUGAAAGAAAUGCUGCAAAAGAAACAAAAUUUUAUAAAUAAGGUAUUAGAAGAAGAAAAGAAAGGAUUUAAUUCCUUUAAAGCGCAUCCAAUGCCAGCUUUUAAAAAUAAAUGCGAUGGAAAGUUCAAGACGGAAAAAUGUCACACAACAACCCCUCAACCUUUUCAUUUAACUCAGAGAAAGUUUGAUAAGGGAACGCCAGAUCAACGACCUCCUACCACAUUAUAUAAAUUGAAUAUUUUAAUUUUGUAUUUUUGUGUUCGAAAGCAAAAAAUUACUCCGUUUAAAGCAAAACCAGCUACGGUUGUUCAUCAAAAACCAUUCGUGCCGAAAUUACAAAAACAUGACAUGAUUGUAACUUCAGAUUUUCACUUAAGCACCGAAAAAAGAGCAGUAGAACGUUUAAAAUUCGAUGAAAAAAUUAAACAAAAAGAAGAGGAACUAAAUUUAGCUUUGAAAUUGCAAAAAGAAGAAGAGGAAAGACUUGAAAAAGAACGAGCUCUUGAAGAACGUAAAAAAGCAGAAUUCAAAGCGAAACCAAUGCCUCGUUACAAAGCAUUUGAAAUAUACAAAGCCGAUCCAGAAAAAUUAACUUUACCUCAAAGCCCGAGAUUUGUCAGUAAAACAAAAGAUUUAAAAAAAGAUUAA